AUGCGUGCUGAUCCUUCCCGACUUUCGCCGAUUGGCUUGGCCACCAAGACCAUUCAGGGCGCGGGCCGUCGGGGCCAGUGGCGAGAGGCGGUGACCACCUACCAUGGGUUGCAGGCAAGCCGCCUGGAAGCAGAUGCGGUUUCUUGCGGUGCAGUGCUGCAGGCAUGCCAGGCAAGUGCCUGGAAACUGGCGUGUUCCUUCCUCUGGCAGAUUCAGGAAGCUUCAGUGGAGCUUUCGCUUGUUUGUUGCAACAUUGCCAUGAGCCUGUCGGGACAGAGGGAAAGCUGGUACCGUACUAUCAGCAUGCUGAUUUGGAUGUGCAGCAUUGCAAUGCGACCCGAUGCUCAAAGCUAUACGCCAGCACUUGGAUCCUCCAGGACGUGGGGGCUGUCGCUGUGGCUUCUACGCCAGACUCGUCCUAACAGAAUUCUCAGCAAUGUGGCGGUGGCUUCGAUGGCCAGAGCCUGGCAGUGGAGUUUCGAUUUGUUUUAUGAUCUGCAGGCUGCUCGACCACUUCCAGACACCAUCUUUCUGAACACCUUCCUAAGCAGUUUGGAGAGGUCGGAGCAGUGGCAGCUGGCAGUGUCAGUGCUACAAGCUUCGCUGAAAGGCAGCCCCGUGACACCUAACCUUGUCAGUUUCAAUGCGUGCCUGCACGCAUGCGGCGAGGCGGCGCAACUUGACCAGGCGCUCCAACUUGUAAGGUGCAUGGAGGCAAGCCGUGGGCCAUCACCCGAUGUGAUAUCCUACAGCGCUGUCCUCAACGCGUGCGCAAAGCUUGUGCAGUGGACAUUGGCCUUGGACGAGCUAGGCCGAAUGCAGCGUCGGAGCGUGCUGCCUGACGUUGUUGCGCUCAAUGCGGCAAUGUCAGCUUGUGCAGAGGCAGUUCAAUGGGAGAUGUGCUUGCACAUGUUGACGACGUCAAGCGGAGUAGACCCAGACUCAGUUUCUUACAAUGCCGUCCUGAAGGCAUGUGAGAAGUCCGCGCAGUGGGCGCUUGCGAUGUCUAUGUAUUGGCAGAUGGCUCGCUCACGCGUAGGUUGUACCACUGCUACAUACAACACACUGCUGAGUUGUUGUCAGAGGAGCACCAAGUGGGAACAUGCUACGCUACUACUUUCGACGAUGCUCUCUCAGCACGUUCUUCCGGACAUUAUCUCUUUCAAUGCUUGCUUGGGGGCGUUGCGGCGUGGAUCUCAGUGGCAGCAGGCAAUAUCUGUCUUUCACUGGAUGCCGCACGUCGACGUGAGGAGCGACACCGUCACCGUAGUCGAGCUCUUCGGGGCCUUGGCCGCCGCGGCGCGGGCACCGCAGGCGAGGAGAGUGGCGGCGAGCCUCGUGGCGUGCGCACCUUUGGUAAGAGACUGCAUGCAGCCUGCACUGGAGUUGGAGGCCCGCCGACCCACUGGUCUCGCCGUGACUGCUUGCGAUUGCCUUGUGUCGCACCAGCUCCGUGAGCCUUUUGAAUGCCAACAGCUUCUGCGACGCCACGGCCUGCGCCCUGUUCUGCGCACCCUGCGGCGCGCAAGAUGGAGCGAACCCAGCGGCCGAGCCCUUCAGCUACGCGACCCAGUCUUGGAGCGCCAACAUAGCCUGGGUGCAUCCCUGACGAAGGAUGCACUGCUGGACCUGGAGGGUCGGGAGCCAGAGCUCAUGCCGCCUCCGUGGAUGCUUCGAGCGAGCCAGGCAGACGCUUCCCCACUCUUGCUCUGGCUGCACGAGGACCCGCCAAAAGUGGGCGCAUACCUUCGGCCGGUUCAGGUGGAGCAUGACAGGUCGUCCCACGCCGAGCGCCAGGCUUUGCUGUCCUUGCUGGCUCGGGAGGCGGAGGCAACUUUCAGGGAUGGCAGCCAAGACUUCGGCGACUUCCGUGGGGCAGUGAGACUCUAUGUUACCCACACUCUCUGCAUCUCGUGCCUGGCGGCGUGCUAUCAAUACAAGGCCCUUCAUCCGCACCUGCGCCUCAGCGUUGGAUUUAGGGUUCUGUGA